AUGGAGGGCCAGCGCAGUGAGAAGCAGGAGCUGGAAAGGGGCGAUCAGGGCCGGAACAAUCACAUACUUGCCGUGCCGUCCACCGCGGCCGAGCAGAGAACCGCGCCACUCGUGAUUUGUCAAACCAUACACUCAGACACAGCUGUGGGGCAGCCGGUGUUUAUAGUGAACGCCACAGAUCCGGACCAGGGCACCGGGGGCAGUGUGCUCUUCUCCUUCCAGCCCCCUUCCAGUAUUUUUUCCAUUGAUGGAGCUCGAGGCAUUGUCACAGUCAUCAAGGCCCUGGACUUUGAGAGAACACCCUCCUACCAGCUGACCAUCAAUGCCACGGACCAAGACAAAAAGAAGCCACUCUCUCGCCUCGCUAACUUGGCCAUCUCCAUCACAGACAUCCAGGACAUGGACCCAAUCUUCACCAACCUGCCCUACAGCACCAACAUCCGGGAGAACGUGCCACAGGGUUACGUGGUACGGAAGAUAACAGCCAUUGACCAGGAUCUUGGCCGUCCGAGACCCAUCGCCUACAGGAUCAUCUCAGGGAACACCAACCAUGUUUUUGCCCUGGACUUCCUCAGCGGGGCCCUGACCGUGGACGGACAGAUGGACAGAGAGAACCCUCUGUAUUCAGCCGGAUUCACUCUAACAGUGGAGGCCACAGAGAGGAAGGACGACCUUACGCUGUCAGACGCAUCAGUUCGCACGACUUUCACGGUUCUUCUUAUUGACGAAAAUGACAACGCGCCCAAGUUCAACAGCUCGGAGUACAGGGUCACCAUCACAGAGCUGGCACAGGUGGGAUUCGCCUUGCCCCUGUUCAUUCAAGCAGAAGACAAAGAUGAGGGGGUGAACAGCAUGUUCCAGGUGUUUCUGACAGGGAACAAUUCAGAGUACUUCACCAUCUCUCCCACCGCGGUGCAGGGGCGAGCCGACAUCCGCAUGAGGGUGGCCAAGCCGCUCGACUAUGAGACCAUCCGCAGCUUCAGCUUCUCUCUCUUUGCCAAUGAGUCGUUGUCAGACCAUGUGGGUUUUGCUCGAAUUUUCAUCGAUCUGGUCAACGAGAACGACAACCGGCCAAUCUUCAGCAGCCCCCUGUACAACAUCAGCCUCCCAGAAAACACUCCAGUCGGCACCUCGCUGCUGCGGAUACAGCACUAUGGACAGUUUGGACAGUGGCUCUCACAGAUGGACCAACGGCUGCUGCCAUCGCUGCUGUUUUCUGGUCUCCUGCUCAUUCUCCACAUUAGCCCAGCCUAUUUAUCGCAGGCUACAGAUGGCGACGAUGGAACUUUUGGAGUUGUGCGCUACUACUUCAGCGAUGAUCCAGAUCACUUCUCCCUGGACCUGGAGAGCGGCUGGGUGAUUCUGCAGGCCGCACUGGACUAUGAGCUGAUCAGACGUUUCACUCUGACGGUUUUGGCUCGAGACGGAGGAGGAGAGGUGACCACGGGACGCGUCCGGAUCAACGUCCUGGACAUAAACGACAACGCACCGCUGUUCCAGAAGGAGAUGUACGUGGGGUCACUGCGGGAGAACGAGGAGGCCAUCAUCCCAGUGGCCAGAGUCAGGGCCACUGAUGACGAUUCUCCACCUAACAACUUCUUGACGUACACCAUGAUUUCAAUCUCGGCUUUUCCUAGUUACUUCAGCAUCAUCAUGGUGGAGGGCUUUGCAGUGAUCAGUGUGAUGAAGCCUCUGGACUACGAGCGGGUGCCAGGUGGAGUCAUCCACAUCAGCGUCAUGGCCAAAGACGGAGGAAGCCCACCCCUUAAUAGCAGUGUCCAGGUUGUGGUGGAAAUCAUUGAUGAAAAUGACAAUCCACCUACCUUCAGCGAACCGUCCUACAUUGUGCGAAUCCUCGAGAACAUCAAUGCAGGGGCCACUGUGCUGCUGGUGAAUGCGACUGAUUUGGACGCCUCGAGGGAGUUCGGACAGGCCUCACUCAUCUACUCCCUGGAGGGCUCCACUCAGUUCCGUCUCAACUCUCGCUCAGGUGAGAUCACAACCACCGCCCUCCUGGACCGGGAGCUAAAGGCGGAGUAUAUCCUGAUUGUUCGUGCGGUGGACGGAGGAGUUGGACCUCAGCAGAAAACAGGCAUCGCCACGGUCAAUAUCACAGUUCUGGACAUAAAUGACAACGCUCCCAAGUGGCCAGAUGAGCCGUACUUUGCCAACGUUGUGGAGACGAGUCCAAUAAACACUGAUGUAAUAUCGACCUGUAAUUGCCCCAAGUCUCGCCCCGGUCCUGUUCUGUGUUUCCAUGGAGACAUGAGGCAACCCGCUGCGUCCUACCUGGAGCUGUCCAGUGAGCCGGUGAAUUUGUUUGUCGUGCCCGGAGCAGGGAUCAGCUCUCUCAAAUCUCACAGCUCUGAAAUCCCACUGCAGGCCUUUCCAUUGUACACACUGGUCCAUCCUGCUGAUGACAUUUCAGCACUGGGUGUUUCUUCAGACGGCAAUAGAAUAAAACAUGUUUAUGACUUUCGGACUCUGGCCCAAAGGGCGUCCCCAACCAGUGCGGAGAGUUCUUUUUAG